AUGUUCCUCUUGGCUUCUUUCUCCUCAGGUUUCCAGCAGAUCUCGCAGAACAAGGUGGCAGUGCUGCUCCUGGCUGGUGGGCAAGGAACUCGCCUGGGCGUGAGCUACCCGAAGGGCAUGUACGAUGUGGGCCUGCCUAGCGGCAAGACCCUGUACCAGAUCCAGGCCGAACGAAUCCGCAAAGUAGAGCAGCUCGCUGGCCAGAGAUACCACUGCAGAUGUGUCAUCCCUUGGUACAUUAUGACAAGUGAAUUUACCCUGGGGCCGACAGAAGAGUUUUUUGCUGAACACAACUACUUCAACUUGGAUAAGUCCAAUGUGAUCAUGUUUGAACAGAGGAUGCUGCCAGCUGUCACCUUUGAUGGGAAGGCCAUCUUAGAGGAGAAAGGGAAAAUUGCGAUGGCUCCAGAUGGCAACGGUGGUUUAUAUCGUGCUUUGAUGGAUAAUAAGAUCUUGGACGACAUGAAAGAGCGUGGUGUCCAGUAUGUGCACGUAUACUGUGUGGACAAUAUCCUCGUGAAAAUGGCAGAUCCCGUCUUCAUAGGCUUCUGUGUUUCCAAAGGGGCUGACUGUGGUGCUAAGGUGGUGGAGAAGGCCUAUCCCACGGAGCCCGUCGGGGUCGUGUGCCUUGUGGACGGGCGCUAUCAGGUGGUGGAGUACAGCGAGAUCAGCCCGGAGACCGCGCAGCAGCAGAGCCCCGACGGGAGGCUCAUGUACAGCGCGGGCAAUAUCUGCAACCAUUUCUUCACAGUUGACUUCCUGCAGACAGUGGCCCAGAAUUUUGAGCCCCAGCUGAAGCAUCAUGUAGCCAUAAAGAAGGUGCCCUACAUUGACGAGGAGGGAAAUCUGGUAAAGCCGCUAAAACCGAACGGGAUAAAGCUGGAGAAGUUUGUGUUUGAUGUGUUCCAGUUCUCUAAGAAUUUUGUGGCAUUUGAAGUUGUGAGAGAAGAGGAGUUCUCACCAUUGAAAAAUGCAGACACAGCUGAGAAAGACACUCCUACCACGGUUCGGCAAUCCCUCCUGGCCCAGCAUUACCGCUGGGCUCUCGAUGCCGGGGCCAGAUUUGUGGAUGAAAAUGGCUACAGAAUACCAGAGAAAUUCAGUCUCUCAGGAACUGACGAUCCUCCUGCUGUGUGUGAGAUUUCUCCAUUAGUGUCCUACUUCGGAGAGGGUCUGGAGAUGUACAUGAAGAAUAAAGAUUUCUGUUCUCCCUUUAUACUCGAUGAAAACAAAGCAGAAAUGCUAAGAAAUUAUUAA